UAUUGUAGGUUUGUAGCGCCUAAAAUAAACUAUUGCAAAACAAGAAACAAUAACUUUUGAAUGGUGAACUGAACACUAUAUUUUGAACUCCUUUUCAGUAACAUCAUAGAAAAACAAUGAUUAUCAGUUUAUUCAUCAUCUUUAAGAACCAUGGAACCUGAAAAACCAAUUUUCUCUGAUCGUUUGCAGAAUAUUCUGGCUAGUUUAUCUCAAUGUAAAACAGACUACCUCCGCGAAAAAGACGAGUGCAAAAGAAUAAGAGAAAUCAACGCAAGACUAGAAAUUGAAUUGAAGGAAGCGCGAGAGUUGGAGAAAUCGCACAGAUACCACUUGCUCAGCUCUAGAGAAAUGAUCGGAAAUCUUCAAGAAACAGUCUCCGAGUUGGUGUAUUUGAGAAGAGACAUGAAAAGGAUAAAAGAUGACCUUGCCGUUAAAGACUUGACUAUAGCUUCUUUGGAGAAAGAAAAAAUACAAGCUGCUGAGAAAAAUAAUGAAAACUUGAACAAUAUUAGAAAUUCUUAUGAAAGAAAAUUGGAAGAUCUGGAAGUUGUUCAUGAGAAAAACAUGCAGCAAGUGCGCGGUGAGUCGGACACGCAGGUCGCUCAGCUCACGUGCGUCAUCGAGGAACUGAGGGCCAGGGUCAAGGAAAUGGAGGAUGAGCAUCGAGACAAGAUGAACAUGGUAGUCCUAGAAUACGAAGAAAAAUUACAACGUGACGCGGCGCAGAUCACGCAGCUGCGCGACCAGCACGCCGGCCUCGCGCAGCGCACCACGGCCAACAUGCACGCCUACCAUCGGCGACUGGAAGAAUUAGAGGAAAAAUUAAAACAGAGUCAGUUUAAGCAGUAUCUUGCUCAGACCACACAGCCUUCCCAGUAUGAGAGCCAUGUCGAACGGCCCUAUUCCGUGAACAGGGAUUAUGCUGACUGCUCUCUGGAUCUAGAUCCAGUUCAGCCCACACCGAAACCUAACCAGACUUCGACUAGUACCCAGAAUAAGGCGCCAAAAACUAAUACACUGCAAGUCACUUAUUACGGCAACAAAACCCCGCAAGCUCAAAAGACUGACAAGAAAGGACCAUUCAAUAUAGUGAAGAAACGGAAGCUUUACAAUGAAAAAGAUUUCGUUGAUUUCUAAAUAACCAUUAGCGUAAUAAUGCAAUUUGGUCUUAGGUAUACCUACUUAUACUUAAACCUAGCUCUAAGAAUAAGAAGCCAAACUGUAGAUUGAAAUACAAAUUGCAUGUUUAAAUUCAGUUUUCUAUGACUUUCACUUGUUUUCCUCGGAAGGAAAUGCAAAUAGUUGAAUAAUGUAAACGUGUUUUCAUUCAAUCAAUAGUACCUCAGCUGUAGGCAUCUAUCUACACUAAAUAACUCAGUACGUUUUCCCUUUCGAAUAAAAUAUGCAAUGACUAAAAUGAGUCUAAAUUCAUUAUUUUUACUUGCCUCUAUAAAAGGGUAAAGCCCCAAGUAACACAUACUUCUCUCACAAAUGUUGAUAAGUUAAAAAAUAUGUAACGCUUAUGUAACAGUAAUUAAAUUCUUAAAAAGAUUAA